CUGAAUGCCAACAAAUUGUUGAAUUUAUUUGCAAACAAUGUUUUGAGUGGCGAUAGCGGCUGUGCCGCACUUGUGGCACCCACAUAGAUGAAUCGAGUGCCACCCCACUAUUUGAGGGGGAGAACUACCCCAUGGUCAUUAUAAUUGAAAACAUCACUAUGUCCUAUUUGGAGAAGGAACAUGAUAUGCCAGAGCUCAUAUGCCAAUGUUGCAAGCGGGACCUCGAGAGGUUCCUGGAAUUUCGUACAAAGUUCAUGGCCAACAAUGAGUUUCUGCAGUAAAAAAGGAACGCACUCCAACUACAGGAAUUUGACAGCGCCAAUGACCUGGUCGCUGCCGUUAAUAUCGAGGAUAAAGAGAUAGCUACCAAGCCACAGGUUGCCGAGGAUAAUGAGACGUACGAUGAGCCGCUGCUCGCAGUUAAACAAGAAGAGAAUACACUGGAAAUCGUAACUGUUGGUGGGGGUAAAGAUAAGGAGCCGUCGCUCACCUCCAUUAAUGUCGAGGACAACACGAUGGACAAUGAUGCCGAAGAGCCGCUGCUCACCGCCAUUAAUGCCGAGGACAACACAAUGGACAACGAUGCUGUGGCAUCGCUGCUCGCCGCCGUUAAUAUAGAUAAGGAAAUUGACGACAAUGUCGAAUAUAAAGCGAUGGACGAUUAUGCUGUGGAGUAUUCGGUCAGCCCCGAUUAAGUCAUAGAAAACCAUGUGGGUGUCUCGUUCCACCCGAUAAAGGCGAAGAAGGAAAGGAUGAGGACGGUAAUAAGAACCUCGUGGUGGAAACACAAUCCUCGAAUCCCACUAUCAAAAGAAAACCCAAAAGGAAUCCCAGACAACGGAAGAAGAGUAACAAAACUUGGAUCUGUCACAUUUGCGAGGGCGAGUUCAAGUGCUCGACGUACUUUAAAUUGCACAUUAUGCGUCAUUCGGGCAAGAAGCAAAUCGAGUGCGACAUUUGCCAUGCUACUACACGAAGAACGAAAUGCGACGUCACAGGAUCCUGCAUACGUGUGCACGACCCUAUGCCUGCCGCUUUUGCGGCAAAACUUUUCGCGGCUACAGCAGCAAGGCUGUGCACGAGAGGAAUCAUACCAACGAGCGUCCUUUUUCGUGCAAAAUACUGUGACGAGACGUUCAGAUCCAGCGCCACACGUCGCAUGCACGAAAGUAUUGCCAUAUUUGCUGAGGCAGCAAAUUGCUUUAAUUUAAUAACAUGUUCGCGGCAGAUACACAAUGCUGCAGCGAGAAACGUUUUCGAGGUCUCCAGAAACGGUCUGCUGGGAAAAAUCGAAACAUUAACUGGCCUGCUCCUAAGAAAUGAUGAGAAAUUGCCACAACUCCUGUGUCAAAAAUGCGAGCAGGAUCUAGAGGCUGCCUUUGACUUCCGUAGAGUUUGCAUUGAAGUGCAGCAACGGCUGGAGCUUGAGAUGGACUCUCAAAGUAAUAUGGUAAGCGAUUCUGAGCUAGGACCAGAGGAAUAUGUUGUAGAGAUAGCGUCCAUUCGCCAUAAAUAUGAGAUACAACAGGAGAGUGAAAGCGAUCUAAGUAACCUAGGAGACGAGGACAUUGAAGAGACAGCUUUUAUUGUCCAAGAAGAUGCCAAUAAUAACAUGGAUGCCGAUAAACAUUCGUGCAACUUGUGUGGCCUUCAAUUUGCUAGCAGAAUCGAGCUCAGGACGCACCUGUACCAGCUACAUGAUGUUGUGCCCGCUGGCAGGAACUUUGAUUGCAGCCAUUGCGGGAAAAGUUUUCCCAUUGCCUCUCGACUAACCAAACACCUCCGUUGCAUUGGUGCCGAAUUAACGCAUGAAUGCCCAAAGUGCGGUGCAAAGUUUCACAGCCAAGUGCUGCUGGACAACCACACGGGUCGUCACCACAAACCACCCAAGGAGAGACAUGUCUGUCAUUUAUGCGGAAAAUCGCUGGCCACGCGUUUCAGUCUGAAGUGUCACCUGGUGCGCCAUGCCGGCACCAGACCACACAAGUGCCAGCAAUGUAGUGCAGCGUAUUCAACGGCUGCGGAGCUCCGUUCCCACGAAAGAAAGCACACGGCAGUGCGUCCCUAUUCCUGUCGGUAUAACUGCGGGAAAGAUUUUCAAUACUGCAGCGCCCGCAGCAUACACGAGAGAACUCACAUGGAUGAGAGCCAGCGUCCAUUCCGUUGCGAGUACUGCAUCAAGUCCUUCGUGACCAGGGGAGACUGCAGGUCCCAUCAAAUACAACACACAAUGAGCCGCGAACACAGCUGUAACAUCUGCAGGUUAGGAUUCAAGCUUAGGAAACAUUUUAAGGCCCAUCUAAAAUCGAUGACCCACAAGACCCUAGAAGCGCGUGACAAAGCUUUAAAACGAUAUGCAUUAGGCCCACUUUCUGUUGUUGAAUCCAAAUGAAAGUUAAAAUGAAAAACGGGCCGGGUCUCCCGAGGAGCCUAGGACAUGCCGCCUUCUGUUUGAUGGAAAGAAGUUUUACGUUCACAACGCGGUGGUAAAUCAGGCCAAUCUUUUUGUCUUUUAAUGUUAUAUAAACAAAAAAAACGUUCAAUACUCGUGUAGAGAUCCCAAAAUUGUAUCUUUUCUCUUGUUAAAUCAACAGCGAGGGACUUUUACUUUUGCAUA